UUGAUUUGGUGGUAUUAGUAUUGGUAAGACCAAAAGGGAGAUCUCACUGCUAUUUAAAGUCUCAAAUCCACAUGUUAUAGAGCAUACCUACUAAUUAUUGCAAUACUGGAGAAAGCCUUGACAUUUUUUCUCUCAACACUCUUUUUUCUUAUGGCUAGUUCAGUCAUGACCAAAACCAACAUUACCACUGAUCAAUUAGCUCUUCUAUCCUUAAAAUCCCAAAGUAUUUCAGACCCCUUUCAUUUAUUGGAUGAAAGCUGGACUCACGUUAGGUUCGUUUGCCAGUGGGUUGGAGUCACUUGUGGUUCUCGUCACCAAUGAGUGAAGUCCUUGAAUCUUUCCAACAUGGAUCUUUCAGGAAGGAUUCCCCCUGAUCUUGGAAACCUCUCAUUUCUUGUUUCUUUCGACUUGGAAAGCAACAAUUUCCAUGGAAAUUUGCCUCAAGAAAUGACGUGCUUGCGUCGGCUUAAGUUUCUUGAUUUAAGUUUCAACAACUUCAGCGGGAAGGUUCCUUGGUUUAGAUUUUUACACCAAGUUCAUGUUCUAAGUCUUAGGAAUAAUAGUUUCACCGGCUCCCUUCCCUCUUCAAUUUUUAAUAUUUCAACGCUUGAAAUGUUGAAUUUGGCAUUCAAUUCCUUAGAAGGUCAUAUCCCUGUAUCUCUCUCAUAUGCCUCAAGGUUGCAGAUGUUAGAAUUAUCUUAUAAUUCAAUUAAAGGAGACAUUCCAGAUGGGAUCGGCAAUCUUCCCAACAUGAACUGGUUGUCCAUACAACAUAAUCAACUUACGGGUUCUAUAUCAUUCACAGUUUUAAAUAUUUCUAGGAUCGAAAUCAUUGCAUUUACAGGCAAUAGCUUAUCAGGAAAUCUCCCCAAUGGUUUAUGCAAUGGUUUCCCAAUACUCAAAGAGCUUUAUCUAUCCGGAAACAAGCUUUUUGGUCAUAUGCCAACAAGCUUGCCAAAUUGUUCACAACAUCAAGUAUUGUCUUUAUCAAAAAAUGAGUUUGAUCGACCAAUACAUUGUGAAAUUGGAAGAUUGAGUAACUUACAGCAAUUGUAUCUCGGAGCUAACCAUUUCCAGGGAUAAUUCCACAAGAAAUUGGAAAUCUUGCUAAUUUGAUUUGAGUUAUCGAUGGAGGGAAACCAGAUAACCGGUUCAGUCCCAAUCUCCAUAUUCAAUAUCUCGAUGCUGCAAGUUUUGUCACUGGGGGAACAAUCUUAAUGGUUUCUUACCACAAGAUAUUGGCAACUUAACCAAGAUGCAAUUUUUAUAUCUUCAAGAAAAUAGGUUUAACGGUAUGUAAUCAAGGUUAUAGGAAGAGGUACAAAUUGUGGUAGUUAACCCACUAGUAUUCCUUUUUGUCCUUGUGUUGACUGGUGAAAUACCUAACGAGAUAAGCAAUCUCGUUGUGUUGGAGAAACUUAAUCUUCAAUUUAAUAGUUUUAGUGGUUCACUUGAAAUGGAGACCUUCAACAUAUCAGGGCUGAGAGUGAUUUCUCUUUCACACAAUAAUCUAUCAGGAAGCCUCCCGCCAAACAUGGGUUCUAUCUUACCCAACAUUGAAGAACUUAAUCUGGGGAGCUUAUCCAAUCUUGUUGGAACUAUUCCUCAUUCCAUCUCCAAUUGUUCAGAACUUACUAUUCUAGAGCUUUCUAACAACCAACUCACUGGCUUGAUUCCCAAUUCUAUUGGAUAUUUGGCUUAUCUACAGUAUCUAAAUUUAGCACUAAACAAUUUAACCAGUGAAUCAUCAUUAAGCUUCUUGAAUUUCUUAACCAAUUGCAGAAAUUUAACAACUCUUUCUCUAACUUUGAACCCUCUAAACGGCAUGCUUUCAGUUUCCACGGGGAACCUUUCCACCUCUCUUAGAAAUUUGUACGCCAACGUUUGGAAAAUCAAAGGGCGAAUUCCAAAUGAAGUUGGGAACCUAAGCAGAUUUCUUUCUAGAAACUACUUGGUUGGAUCGAUUCCCAAAUUAAUUGGAAACUUCAGAAACCUGCAGGGCUUGUUCUUGAGUAACAACAAACUUACAGGAUCUAUUGGUGAUAAUCUAUGUAAAUUGCAGUUCUUGGAUGUCAUUGACUUGACUCAAAAUAAAUUUUCAGGUUCUCUUCCUUAUUAUUUAGGAAAGAUUACUUCCCUUAGAGAGAUACGUAUGGGUUUGAAUAAAUUGAGUACCAAUAUACCAUCAAGCUUAGGGAACAUUCAAGAUCUAGUGGUUCUUGAAUUAUUGUCAAACAACAUGGUAGGUUCUUUACCUCUAGAAAUUGGAAAUCUAAAGGCUGCGAUACUGAUAGAUCUGUCAAUGAAUCAAUUUUCAAAUAGAAUUCCAAGAGAAAUUGCAGGAUUGCAGAAUCUGGCACACCUUUCUUUGAGACACAACAAGUUUCAAGGAACUAUACCUGACUCAAUGAGCAACAUGGUAGGUUUGGAAUUCCUAGACCUUUCUCACAAUAAUAUAUCUGGAAUCAUUCCCAAGUCUUUGGAGAAACUUAAAAACCUGAAGUAUUUCAAUAUUUCUUUCAACAAAUUGUAUGGUGAAAUACCCUCGGGAGAUCCUUUCAAGAACCUCUCGAGUCAGUUUUUCAUCAACAACGAAGCAUUUUGUGGUUCUUAAAGAUUUAGUGUCCCGCUAUGCCCCACUUCAUCAAAGAACGUAUCAAAUAGGAAAAAAUUGCUAGUUCUUUUUCUUUUGCUCGCAAUUGCAGUUGUAUUUGUUCCUAUGGCCUUUGUGCUCCUAUGGAUAAGGUUUAGAAGAGGUAAAAGUGCUCCUCAACAAGCUGAGUCAUUGUCUGCCGUAAGACGAGAAAAAAUUUCAUACUACGAACUGCUCCAAGCAACGGAUGACCUUAGUGAGAGUAAUCUGAUUGGUUUUGGAAGUUUUGGCUCUGUUUACAAAGGUGUCCUCAGAAGUGGAACUGCCAUUGCAGUGAAAGUGUUCAACCUGCAAUUGGAUGCGGCAUUCAAGAGUUUUGAUACGGAAUGUGAAGUUUUGCGUAGCCUUCGCCAUAGGAAUCUCGUAAAAGUCAUUACUAGUUGUUCCAAUCUUGAUUUUAAGGCUUUAGUUCGUGAUUAUAUGCCUAAUGGAAGUCUUGAGAAGUCUUUGUAUUCACACAACUACUUCCUCGACAUCAAGCACAGACUAAGCAGAAUGAUAGAUGUGGCAUGUGAUUUGGAAUAUCUUCACAAUGGGUGCUUGUUUCCUGUGAUUCACUGUGACGUGAAGCCUAGUAACGUCUUGCUGGAUGAAGAUAUGGUUGCCAACCUCAGCGACUUUGGCAUUUCAAAACUUCUUGGUGAAGAUCAGGGUGAUUUUUACUCUAAAACCUUAGCAACAUUCGGGUAUAUUGCACCGGGUACGUCUCUUUGUUUUGCUAAUUUUUUGAACAUUGAUUAUUCCUUUCUUUUUUUCCCACCUAGAAAGCAUAAUGAAUUAUUUGACUGUAGUGUGUGGACUGGAAGGACUAGUGUCAACAAAGUGUGACGUCUACAGUUAUGGGGUCAUGUUGCUGGAAAAGUUUUCUAGGAGAAAGCCUAAUGAGUUUGAGGGUGAUCUUAGCUUGAAACAAUGGGCGAGUUAUUCACUUCCAGAUGCUGUAAUGGAGGUCAUUGAUGCCAACUUGAUAACAUCAACUGGUAAUUGCUUAAAGAAGAAGCUAGAUGUUGUGGCAUCAAUCAUGAAAGUUGCAUUAGAUUGUUGUAACGAAUCUCCAACAAGGACCAACAUGAAAGACGUUGUAGGGAUGCUACAGAAGAUCAAGAUUCAACUUGUAGCAUGUUGAGGAUGUUGUUGGAAUCUGUUAGUUCCAAAUAAUUUGUUUGCUGCAAAUAUUUGAUUAGUUUUGGAUUCCUGUAAUAUUGCUUCUUUAUUUUUUGUUUUAGCACUUUAUUUGUGUAUGAUUCUGUCUUCAGAAAUUCUAGCUGGUUGAAUAAAUCUCACUAUUUCCUUUUAACAAAAACUAAAUUGAUCACCAAAAUCUUGAACUAGAAUGAAUUAUUUUUGUAAGUGUUAAAGGGAUAUUAACAUGUUGGAGUGUGACAUAUCCCAAUUUCUGCUUCCUCUCCCAUUGAUUUUGUCCCUCAGUGUCCAAAUUACCUAUAAAAUGUCUUUGGCACAUGAUUUACAGGGAGACUCUUCAUCUGGACUUUACAUCGUGCAGCCUUUUGACAGAACUUCAUACAAGCUGGGUCCGGUGAGGGUAGAGUGUAUGCAGACCUUAACCCUACCUUGGGAGGUUGAGAUGUUGAUUCCGAUAGAUCCUCGUCUCAAGGAAAAAUAAUAGAAAUUCAAUGCUUAAAAAAAUUUAACAGGUGCGAAAAACAAUUGCUGAAAUAAAAAGACCAUUUUAAAGAGAACUUUAAAAUACACCAAACAAAACACAUAUAGUGAAAAAAUCAGGAUACUGAAAAAAAAAUCUAGCUGAAGUGAACUGUCAUUGGUGGUACGACUUAGUUCUUUCUUUCUAGUCAAUUAUUUUCUUAUUCUGACAUUUUGAGAUGGAGGUCCGUUGUUAUCGAUCUUGUUACUUUUUGUAGUAGCUAAU